AUGGCCUCAGGUGAGCUUCCAUCCUCUCCACCAGAAGUUUCCUCUGGUUCUUAUCACCACACAGCAACAACCAAAGCUGUGAGUGAGCUACCAUCAUCUUGUAUCACAGGACACAAACUCGACGGCAGCAACUUCCUUCAAUGGUUGUCGUCUGUCCGUCUCUUCAUCCGCGAACGAAACACAAUCACCAUUAUACCAGUGUUACAACCGUUACAUGUUCAUCGCCUUGACAGAGAGAGCAGUGGUCUGCUCAUAAUGGGACGGACAAAGGAAAGCAUAAGUCUUCUUCAUUGGGUGUUCAGUGACUUAAAAGGGGCAAAAUCUUCAUUUAAGGCUUGGAAUGAUGCAUGUGAAGCAAUGUAUCAGCGAUAUUGGGCAUUGGUCAUAGGAUCUCCUAAAGAGAGGGAAGGAUUAGUUUCUGCACCUCUUUCAAAGGUGCUGCUUGAUGAUGGGAAGACUGAGAGGGUUGUCUUGGCCCAGUCAUCAGGUUUAGAAGCUUCACAGGAGGCAAUCACAGAAUAUAGGGUACUUGGUCCCACAAUAAAUGGAUGUUCGUGGAUUGAACUGCGACCACUUACUAGCAGAAAGCAUCAGCUCCGUGUCCACUGCGCUGAAGCUCUUGGUACUCCAAUUGUCGGUGACUAUAAGUAUGGUUGGUUUGUGCACCGGAGGUGGAAGCAGUCUCCUCGAGUUGAUAUUGAGCCGGUGACAAAAAAACCCUACAAAUUGCGUCGGCCAGAAGGCCUUGAUAUACAGAAGGGAAGUGUCUUAUCUAAGGUGCCCUUGUUACAUCUCCACUGUAGGGAGCUGGUGCUCCCUAACAUCGCGAAGUUUGUUCAUGUUUUAAAUGAGUCGGAAAUGUUAAAUCCAGCAGUUAGCUCUAAACCGGAUCUACUGCGCUUCGUAGCAUCAAUGCCUAAUCACAUGAAAAUCAGUUGGAAUCUGAUGUCUUCUUACUUGGUAUAAAAGAUGAUGAGCUUUUUUU